GUUCCCCUUCCGCUUCCUCCUGCCUCCUGUCCCUCGGCUGCUUCCCCGCCUCUCCUCCGGGCCACCUCGCCAGCUCUCCACACCCCUGGUGCCCGCAGGCACGCUGCCUCCGGCCCUGAGCUGUCGCUGCCACACCCCAGGCCCCGGACACGAUGCAGGCCAUCAAGUGUGUGGUGGUGGGAGAUGGAGCUGUGGGCAAGACCUGCCUCCUCAUCAGCUACACCACCAACGCCUUCCCUGGAGAGUACAUCCCCACCGUGUUUGACAACUAUUCAGCCAACGUGAUGGUGGACAGCAAGCCCGUGAACCUGGGGCUGUGGGACACGGCUGGCCAGGAGGACUACGACCGCCUGCGGCCGCUCUCCUACCCACAGACGGACGUCUUCCUCAUCUGCUUCUCCCUCGUCAGCCCCGCCUCCUACGAGAAUGUCCGUGCGAAGUGGUACCCUGAGGUGCGGCACCACUGCCCCAGCACGCCCAUCAUCCUGGUGGGCACCAAGCUGGACCUGCGGGACGACAAGGAGACCAUCGAGAAGCUGAAGGAGAAGAAGCUGGCUCCCAUCACCUACCCACAGGGCCUGGCACUGGCCAAGGAGAUUGACUCUGUAAAGUACCUGGAGUGCUCAGCCCUCACCCAGAGAGGCCUGAAGACUGUCUUUGACGAGGCCAUCCGUGCCGUCCUGUGCCCGCAGCCCACGCGGCCACAGAAGCGUCCCUGCAGCCUCCUCUAGGGCUGCACCUGGCCCGCCCUCUCUCCCAGUGGUUUGACCCUCCAGACGCCCAAAGGCACCUCGGCUGGCCCUGGCAUCUCCUCCCUGUGGCAUUUCUUAAUGGCUGCAGAGCUUGGCUGAUUGUCUCCACACCGGAGGCCCCUGGGGCUGGCAGGGGUGAAUUCUCAGGCUGCUGCCCCUUCCCUAGAGAUUCCUGCCUUCCCAGGGACCAGAGGGGCCCCAAGGCCCUGCAAGUAAAACCCCUGUCACGUGGCAGCCUGUGCCCACUUUCUCCCAUCCCAUCUGCCGCCUGACCCCCCUCUGGGAACUUGGAGUGUCAGGGCUGCCAGCUGCCACUGUACACCUCCAGGGAGCCACUGUGCAUCUCCAGGGACCAGGCCCUCCCUCCAGUGCUGAAGAUCCUGCUUGUCUGAAAGUCCUCCUUCGAGCAGUCAAAAUGCGUGUGUCAGAUGCGUGCUUCUCUGGUCUUAGUUCUCCUUUACUGGGACAACGUGAAUCAGUUUUUCUAAACCUCUGUGGGUAUCUGCCAUGCUGUCCAAGAGUCUAACCCCUGGCCAUUGCUCAAGACUUUACAUUCUCCCGGUGGGAUUCUGAGCUGUAUGUUUCUAGAAGAGUCUUAGGACUUUCAUACUCUGCCAGGUGAGACUCUUGCUAUUGCAGAUAGACAAGCUAAUAUAACCUGCUUAAACAGAAAAUAAAUUUAUUGAUGCAA